AUGACACACCCUGGUGCAGCCAAGUCCGGAAAAAUUCCUUUUAUGGCCAAUUUGAGCGGCAAGAGCCUGGCCCGCAGCUUAAAGCGAAGCGAUAAGAACAAAGCAACCGAAAAGCUGGGUCGUGUUUUGCGCAACUUCAACAUCACAAAGAUAAGCGAUCUGGAACUAAUAUCAAACUCCACCGAUCGCCUGGACAUAACAUUCCACUUCUUUGGCGUGAAAGGAGACUCGCAGCGCAUCCGGGAUGCCAUCACCCGGAUGGUGGAGCGCGGCAGGAUAGGAAACUUCACCCUGGUGGCAAAUUUCCAUCACUUCGAUGAGAACCCACCGCUGGGUUUGCUGGAGCUGACCGUCAAUCAACCGCAAUCAGGAGUCCGCGAGGCCAGUGAGUUCAUCAUAUCCUGCACCGCCCAGGGCUCAUCCCGGAUGCAGUUUCAGUGGUUCAAAGAUGGGGCUGUGGUGAAUGCCACCAAGGCGACGAGAGAAAUCUGGACCACGGUCUUACCACCCGAGACCAAAGAUGUCUACACUGCGAUAAUGGGCGUGACCAAAGCAAGUCGGAUAGACGAGGGCGUCUAUAGCUGUAAGGUCACCGACUGGGGCGUAGAGCAAUGCCGCUCCUUGCACAUCCACAUCAAGUCUCCGCCCCGUCUGCGCGUGGAUCCAGCUAGUGUGACCCUGCAGCGUGGGGAUUCCCUGCGGGUGAGAUGUCUAUCACCCGGCAACGAUGACAUCAAACGGUAUGCCCAACUGGGUUACAGCUGGACCCGCAAUGGCGUCCUUUUCCAGUCCGACGCAGCCACAGCCAUGUGGGAAGACCUCUAUCCCGACGGCAGUAUUCUGAAGAUCAACAACAUCCAGAAGUCAGCGGAGUACGCCUGCCUGGUAUCCAACAGUGUGCGUCCCGUGUCCCGAAGUGUUUACAUCAAUGUCAUCGAGCGGAAUGCCGUGCAUGUAUGUCCGGCGGAGUCCACUUACGGUGUUCAUUGGCCUACCAGUGCACCUGGAGCUCCCAUCAUCACCGACUGCCCACGGGGAUUUGAGGGUCACCUGCGUCGCAUCUGCGAGCAAAGAGACACGGGAAAUUCCACCUGGUUGUUGCCUGACUUUUCUGGUUGCGUAAGGGACGAACUGCUGCUCAUCUAUAACCGCUUCCUUUCCUUGAGCGCCGGCUUCCAGCAAACGAACUCCUCCAACAUCCUGAAGGCUUGUUUCGACUUUACUCUCCAAAGGCGUAACAGCUUUUUGCCCGGGGAGGCCAGCUUUCUCAUCGAUAUGUUGCAUGAGCUCGACACCUACCUGCAAUUGAAAGGCACACAACUGGAGCGUGAGAUGGCCGCGGAGAUAAUACUGCGCAUCCUGGAUAAAGUCAUGCAGAAUGCCCAAUCCUUGAACAGUCAACAGCAAAUUAAAAAGCUGCAGCAGCUAACGCAAUCGGCGGCGCUGAACCGCGAGACCAUCGCGGCCUCCCAAUUGGCCACCUCGACCAGUGGCAGCAGCAGUCAGCCGUCACCGGGUGACAGUUCGACCCGCGGUGACGAUGGCAGCGGGUCAGGAGUAACGGCAGGUGAGAUUUCCGCGGGUCCUGCGGGCAGCCUUCAGGCAACAAGAGCCGGCGGCGGCGGUGGCGGUGGAGCAGUAGCAGCAUCUGGAUCUGGUGCCUCGAGCAUUUUGACAGUCGAUGAGGACACCCUGUCACUGGACAGACUCAACUCGCUGCGCAUUUACAUGACAUCGGUGAAAACGCUGCCGUUUAAUUUACGCAUUUACGGCGAGGAUUUGUUCUCUGACCAGCUCUACAUGGACAUUGGACUCUCCGCCCGACUGCUGCACAUCAUGGCCAACUCAACGAUUUUCGCCUCGGUCAUCUCCUACAAGAAUCUGAAAAGUUUUCUCCCCAAGACCUACUACACGCGUGGCAGGUGAGUUAAAACAGCU